CUGGGGGGGGGGGCGGACGGCUUUGUGGGCGACGGCCUCGCCUGCUCCUCCCCGGAGGCCUGUGCCGGCUCCCCCUGCUGCGGCCCGGGCUACCGCUGGUCCCCGGGCGCCGGCUGCCUGGACGUGGACGAAUGUUCGCUCCCGGACUCGCCCUGCAAGCCGCCGCGGGUUUGCUCCAACACGCCCGGCUCCUUUGAGUGCCGGCUGCCCUCCCCCAGAGCCUCGGGCCCAGACCCCUCUGCCCGGUUUGUCUGUGGAAACGCGACAUGUCCGUUCGGCCUGGACUGCAUCACGCACAAUGGCAGCGCCCAAUGCGCCGACCCCUGUGAGCUCUACUCCGUGGUGGACGAUGACUGGCGCUCCCUGAACAGCUCAUUGGAAGGGAUGCCACACUGUGAUCAGAACACUGACUGGCAGGGCUGGUAUCGCAUGUUUUUGGGGCAAAACAGCGCUCAGAUUCCAGACAGGUGUGUACCUGCGCGCAGGUGCGGGACCCAUGGUCCGAUGUAUAUCGAUGGAGCUCACCCCACUCUGUCAGACGGGAUUGUAACUCGCCCUGUGUGCGCAGCUUGGGGAAGCUCCUGUUGUGCUUUUACACGACACACCAUUGAUGUCAAGCUGUGUUAUGGACAAUACUACGUCUACAAACUUGAAAAACCAACCGGAUGCUAUUUAGCAUACUGCACAGAGGUAAAAACACCAGGUCCAGAAGUUCCAUCGACCACAUCUAUACCAACCUCUGACCCCCUGGUGACUGAAAACACUUCAGCAACAGUGGACCCCAGCUCUGGCGAGGAGGGCCAGGUCCGCCUGGCCGAUGGGGGGAACAGCUCCUGCUCUGGCCGGGUGGAGAUCUUCCUCAGUGGGCAGUGGGGGGACGCCCUACAGAGCGCAGCCUUCGGACAGGGCAGCGGACCCAUCUGGUUGGAUGACGUCGUGUGCUCAGGCAGCGAAUCAGAGCUCUCCCAGUGCCGCCACCGAGGGUUUGGAUCCCACGACUGUAGUCACAGGGAGGACGCCGGGGUCGUCUGUGAAGCUGGGUCACCAGUGAGGCUGGUCAACUCUGACAGCUCCUGCUCUGGCCGGGUGGAGAUCUUCCUCAGUGGGCAGUGGGGGACGGUCUGUGACGACUCCUGGGACCUGGUGGACGCCCAGGUGGUGUGCAGACAGCUGGGCUGUGGAAGAGCCCUCUCAGCCCUACAGAGCGCAGCCUUCGGACAGGGCAGCGGACCCAUCUGGUUGGAUGACGUCAGAUGUUCUGGAAGCGAAUCCUCAAUUACAGCCUGCCCACACCGGGGGUUUGGGGUCCACAACUGUGGUCAUCAUGAAGAUGCCAGUGUCGUGUGUGAUUUCCAUCGUCCCACGAUACACAUUUCGGAGCUCAUCUGUGGUCGGGAUAAGCUCCAAGUAGGACUGCACAUUUCCAGCGUGGAUUCCUCUGGUUUUAAUCCAUUCUCCGGAAACUUGGCCUCCAGGAACUGCUCCUGGGUCAGAGUGCACAAUGACACUGUUUGGUAUGAAGUGGAAACCGAGGCAGACACCUGUGGAAACAUAAUGAAGGUAAAGGCCUGA